UUUCGCGUAUAAGUCUUUUUCAAAUCACUCACAAAUAUCACAGUUUAUUUUUUUGAUAAUCAUGAAACAUUUUUUCGUUCACUAUGCCGCGUGCGACAUUAAAAUAAACCGUGCAUAGAAAAUGAAUAAAGUAUUUACAUAUUCUAUUUUAGCAUUCAAAUAAAUGACCGAAAGGAUUUCGUAUAAAUUACGAAUAAAUAUGAUGCGUAUUGGGUUUGUUUAUUUAUUGCUAACAAAGCAUCAGGUGAAUGGUCAUGUGUUAUCUCUAUGUUCAAACGUACUUGAUGUACGAAAACAUUUUGUUAUGAAGCGUUAUAUAAAAAGUUUUAAUUAAUAAUACUUUUCUUUCAUCGUAUGAUAUUUUGCGACUAAACUGUAGAGUACUGCUAGUGUUGUUUUAUAAUAUAGUCACGGUUUGAAAAUAGUUUACAGUUUCUUUUUUUAAAUAUUUUCGUUUCAGAGUACCGUUAUCUCGUUUGACAUUCAGUUAUGCAUCUGUCAUGUUACUAUAUAUUUCUAUUACUCAAUGUAGUAUUAGGUUCGAAAUUUUUUAUAAAAAAAUACGGUUUAACUAUAGUUGGGUUAAGGCUAAAAACUAUUUAUCAUAGCAAUGAAUACGGGGCAUUUUACAGAAUUCCGUACGCUGAACAGCCCGUAGGAGAGUUACGAUUUAAGGCUCCUAAAGAAUUAAAAACUUUUGAUAAAAAUAAAACAUAUGAAUUCAGUAAAUUAUACAGAGAUACAUCUUUUAUCAACGAGAAUUGUUUACACUUAACAAUUUUUACACCAAUAUUAAAUAGCCUAAGUCAAUAUUUUCCGAUUUUGGUGUGGCCUCAAGAGUCAGUCAGUCAAUAUGGCCCGGACUUUUUUAUAGACGAGGAGGUAUUAGUAGUAAUCGUAAACUUUCGAUCCUCAAUAUUUGGCUUUCUGAAUACUGAAGAUGAUUUCGCUGAAGGCAAUAUGGGAGCCAAAGAUAUUUUACUCGCCCUUAAGUGGUUGCUUGAUAACAUUAGUAUAUUUAAUGGUGAUCCCAGAAGAAUAACUAUAAUGGGUUCAGGUGAAGCAACGACGUCCGUGGCAUCUAUGCUUUUGACGAGAGUGGCUGGAACUUUAUUCCAAAGAGCGAUAAUCAUGGACGGAAGUGCGCUAUCCCCUGCUGACUAUAGACCAUAUAAUUUUGAAGUUGCCAACAAAUUAUUUUGGAAAUUUAAUGGGAGUUGGGAUCAGUUCAAUCGCAAAGAAUUGUAUAAUAUACUUAAAAAUUCCUCAGCUGCCAAAUUAAAACUAGCCUCUCGCGAACUCUAUGACAGCACGGAAGUGAGAGAUAAACAGAGAUUAAUAAACGCUUUUAGUUGUACAGUUGAAAAUAAUUCUGGUGAGAGAGCAUUUAUGACUAAAUCACCAGUUGAUGUUUAUAGAGGAAAAAAUGUCAGCAAAAUAAAUGUUAUUUUCGGAUAUACAACAUUUCCAUCGCUGUUCCAAUUGGACGGCAUUUCUAAAAACAGAAAACUGUUGAAAUAUUUAAAUUACAAUUUUCAAUAUCUGUUGCCGUUCGAGGGGGAAUGUGAUGAAUACGGAUCCAAGCGCUAUAGAAGAAUAAGAAAGGAAAUCAUGAAUUUUUAUUUCAUAAAUGGAACUAUAACGGAUGUUAGUUUCAAAAGGUAUGCAAAAUAUAUUUCCGACCAGACAAUAUAUCCAUUGCUUCGGCAAGCUGUAUUACAGUCCAAAGUAUCAAAAGGGAGCGUUUACUUGUAUCGACUUCCUCUCAACGGACCGUUGAAUAUGAGGUGGAGAAAAUUUGUACCCAAUCUGAAAUGGAAAGGUGCUACUUCAGGCGACGAAAUCUGCUACCUAUUCAAAUGCAAAUCGGAAUUAGAAACUUAUAAUAGAAUUGGGAAGGCUCCCAACACCUCGAGGUGUUAAUAAUAUCUUUGGAUCAUUCAAAUGGUUGCCGUUAGAAGAAAGGAGACCUAUAAGAGCUUUGAAUAUGGGACAUCACUUAAAAAUGGUUAAUGUGCCCGAA